AUGCUCAUCCCUAAGAAGAACCGCCGCGAUGUGUACAAGUUCCUCUUCAAGGAGGGCGUGCUGUACGCCGAGAAGGACUUCAACCUGGCCAAGCACCCGGAGAUCGACGUGCCUAACCUGCACGUGAUCAAGCUGAUGCAGUCGUUCAAGUCCAAGGCGCUGGUGACUGAGCGCUUUGCCUGGCGCCACUACUACUGGUUCCUGACCAACGAGGGCAUCGAGUACCUGCGCGAGUACCUCAACCUGCCCGCCGACGUGGUGCCCGCCACGCUCAAGAAGAGCGCCCGCCCGAUCGGCGAGCGCCCCAGGCCCCCGGCUGGCGACCGCCCGCCUCGCGGCCCCCCGCGCGAGGGCGGCUACGGCGGCCGCGAGGGCUACCGCAGCGAGCGCCCCCGCGAGGGCGGCUUCGGUCGCGGCGGCGGCGGCGGCGACAAGGCUGGUGCUCCCGGCGCGUACCAGCCCCAGUUCGGCGGCGGUGGCGGCGGCGGUGGCUUCGGUCGCGGCAGCGCGUAA